GUGCACCGCUGUCGAAAAUUCGAACAGCUAUUCUCGAAUCUCUGUUCGGUUCUUUUGUUCGAAUUGAAGUUGCAAAGUUGUUGAUGUGCAUUAGUGUCACGGUUUUUUUUUUCGACUUAAUUUUAUGGAUGACAUCCGUGCGCGCAUUAGUUUUCGCCUGGUUUCUAAUAAAGUUACCUCCGACGAGGCUCCACAGAAGUCUGGAAGUUGCUGACAAUAUUUCCGCAAAAGGCCAGCAUUUGCCGCCUUGUCUACAAAACCCUGACCCUCCUCGUACACCAUUCGCGAUAACAGGUGCUUCACGGUCUACACACGCCUCCUUGCGAAAUCCAGCUGCGCCGCAGACGGGACGGAACUCUUCAACAUCUGAGCGGAGGGAUAGAAGAGUCAAGAAAAAUGUGGGAGAAUUAACGUUAACUUAAUCAAUAAUUUUUUCUAAAUAUCGAUCAUAUCUAUUUUGUAUCAUUCAGACAGAAUGUGACAAAUUGACAUGGCAAAGCCAAUGUCACUGACAGAUAGAAAGCAGAAGCUGUCUAAAACUUCUGGCCGUCUCCAAAGUCAUAUCCAGUUGCUUCAAUGUGUGUCAUGUUUGUAUUGUUAGUCUAAAAACACAGUGUAUUCUGUACACUCUUUCUGUAUGCAAAGUAAAACGCUUACCGACAACUCUGUACUUUUAGUUUACUACAAUACAAUGUACCCGUUACAACUGUUGUUUGAUAAAGUUCCAUGAUGAUUUGCUCUGUCUGUGUGUUUAUUCAAUUCGUAUUUAUGAACGGGUCGAUUUGGACAGGUGGUCGGUUAGAAGAGUAUCAACUCACAACAUGCCUGAGGCAUAGUAUAAAUAAUUUCCGUGGUGUUUAAUGGUAUAUAACAAGCACACGCACCCAAAUAAGUAAGUCAUUUUCUUUCAUUUUUCAAUGCACGAAAUGUCUAAUGAUUGUACAGGGCAAAGCCACAGUAGAUAAACAAGCAAUAAACAUAUAUGUAGGUCUGAGGUCGUUUUGUUGCACAACUGGCAGAUGGUUACACUUAUGUAACGGGGUCAAACGAGGAUAAACUGCGCUUCGGUGUAGCAAGGACUACCCUGGGGGCCAGCCGGGAUCGGGCAGCUAGGGCAAUUCAUUCGGUGGCCCAAGACAGUCAGGCCUGCCGAUCUCCUAUUAGCGCUCGGGGGAGUUUCAGCUCGAAGGAUGUCCACCUGCACUUUUCCCUUCACCUUUACCUUUACCUAGUCCCAUCCACAAAAUUUUCCCAAGGUAGCGAUAACUCCUUCGGACUUAAACUCCCCGGAGCGCUAUUGUGAGAUCGGCGGGUUGACUGCAUUGGAUCCCCCGAACAAAACUCGCUAGCUAACCAGUCCUGUCUGACCCCAGAGUAAGCAAGGACGUUUAAUAUAUCUUAUGUAACGUUAACGUCCUUGGGCGUUGACCUAUCGAAGAGAGGGCUGCGCAGAACGGAUGCGCAUAGAGCUAUGUGGUUCGACUGGUCACGGACUGGUCUGUGCCAAGACCAAUGGCGCUGCUACCGGUGGGUAUCAUACUGUUGUUCCUGGUGCAGACCUCGGUGGAUGCUGAGGUCUUCACCGCCCUGUGUGAUAUGGAGUACCUGGUACACAUGGAGAAGGACCUGGUGGAAUCCUUAGACCAGUACAUACAGCAUGAGGAGGACAAGUUAAACAGAAUCAAAACCUUUCAGUCGAGGGUGAAAAAAGUGUCCCAGAUGGCUAUGGAGGAACCCAGCACACACCUGCACCACCCAGUCAAUGCCUACCUUCUGGUAAAAAGGUACACUCGAGAGUGGCCACUCCUGGAGGCCUGGAUACAGGAGGAUACUGCAGAACAUUUCCUGAACAAUAUGUCAAAAGUAAAGGAGUCGUUCCCGUCAUUCGAGGACUACAUGGGUGCAGGGAUAGCCCUGUUGCGCCUGCAGGACACGUACGACCUUUCCACACAGAACAUCGCUAAUGGCAAGAUGAGCAGUGAAAUAGCUAUUGCUACUCGACUAGACACAGGUUUUACGAAGAGUCCAGAGUUGUCAUCAGAGGACUGUUUUGAGGUGGGACUUCUGGCAUAUAACGACCAGGACUACUACCACGUAGCACUGUGGAUGGAAGAGUCGCUGGCGAGAUUCCAGCCCGACCCGACGUCUGAACACACCAAAGAUGCUAUUCUAGAUCAUCUGGCUUAUGCCAGUUACCGACUAAACAACAUUGAGCGUGCGUACCAGGCUACCAAGGAGCUUCUCAGAGUUAAUCCUGAGCACAGUAAUGCGGUCAACCACAUGAAGUUCUUGACGAAAGAGAUGGAGAAGUCACGAAACCUGGUGGCACCCCAGGAGGAUGAAGUGGAAGACGUUGGGUUUACAGAGCGGGGAGAAUACAAGCGUGAUUUAGCCAAAGACUACGACCCAGGGAGUAGGGUAUACGAGCUUCUCUGUCAGGUAGAUCAACCAGAGAUCUUCAACAUUACCCCCUCGAGGGUGAAACACUUGAAGUGCCGCUACUUCACCAACAACAACCACCCGCGUCUGCUGCUCGCACCCAUAAGACUGGAGCAGGUCUUCGACAAGCCCAAGCUGUGGGUCCUUCACAACAUUCUGUCUGAUCCAGAAAUGGAGGUCAUCAAAAAGCUGGCUCAGCCACGGUUACAACCAGCUGCAACCCAAAAUCCUACUACAGGAGGGGCAGUACUCUCAUCCUACCGUAUCAGUAAGAAUGCAUGGCUCUACUAUUGGGAACACAGGCUGAUCAACCGGGUUAAGCAGAGAGUGGAGGAUGUGACAGGUCUCACCAUGGAGACAGCAGAACCGUUACAAGUUAUCAACUAUGGCAUAGGCGGACACUACGAACCACAUUUUGAUUGUGCAACAAAGGAUGAGGAGUUUGAAUUGGACCCCAACGAAGGCGACAGAAUUGCUACAAUGCUGUUUUAUAUGAGUGACGUGGAAGCUGGAGGGGCGACUGUUUUCCCACAAGUCGGUGCCAGAGUAGUCCCAGAAAAGGGAGCUGGCGCAUUCUGGUACAACUUGUUGAAGAGUGGGGAGGGCGACAUGCUGACCGAACAUGCUGGUUGUCCUGUGCUGGUGGGAAGUAAAUGGGUGUCCAAUAUGUGGAUCCAUGAACGAGGUCAAGAAUUCCGCAGGAAAUGUGGACUGUAUCCAGAGGAAUAGGGACAGACCUCUGACCCCAGUCUCUACCAGACUCCCGCCUGACUGAAUAGUAAGGCCAUGUUGAUUUGAUAAUAUGCACACCUAACGAAGGAAGAUAUGUUCAAAUAUCUUAUGUCAUCAUCUGACCUCGAUAUAAUAGAAAAUCUCUGUAAGUUCGUCUACGUUUGUUUUAAAGCGAGAUAAGAUGCAUGUAAACUAUAGUGUAUGAUAAUAACUAACUUUCGUUUACUACCUUUUGUAUCAAACUGACUGUAUUUAGCCCCAAUGGGGCAUGGAUAUUCAAUAAACUUCAUUGUCAUUGUCACUAUAUGGAUGACAUCCGCGCGACCAUCAACUUUCUGCCUGUUUGAAAAAUAAAACAAAGUUUUCCACCAUGCUUUGAAUCGCACAAAGCAGCUGUAAGAGGAGUGAAUACAUGCCGUAGAUGACAAGAAAAAUAUAUCGGGAAACAUAUAGUAAUGUCAACGUCAAUUCCUACAUCAAAGAAGAAGACUGUGAAACAAAAAUGAAGAAUCUAUUGUUCAACUUCGGUAUUUAA